AUGAAUCUGAGUGGGCAGGAAGAGAGCGGAGCGUUCGGUCCAUUGGGCGACGACGCAGACUUCACGUAUGACUUUGACCUCAGUCCGGGCUUCACUGAGCUGCUGGAGGAGGAGGAUCAGCUGCGGCUGCCGUGCGCAGACUUCCGUCCGGGUGAGGACGACCUGCAGGCGUUCGACUUCAUCCGGCGCUUCCGGCUGGACGUGCUGGAGACGCAGUUCUCCGGCGUGACGCGCGUGCGCGGCUCCAACCGCAUGCAGACCGCCUACCGCCUCGACAGGGGUGCCAACCUCACCGUCGCCACCAGGGACAUCUUCCCGCUGGGUCUGCCGGAGCAGUUCUCGUUCAUCAGCACGUUCCGGACGCGGAAACUCACCAAGGGUGCGUGGCACGUGAUCCGCAUCGCCGACCCGCAGGGCCGGACGCAAAUGGCAGUCACGCUGAACCCCCGGCGCGAGGCCAUCGAGUUCUCCAUCAACGACGCACAGGGCCGCCUGCAGACGCUAGUCUUCAGGAACGCACCGGUUUUUGACAAAAACUGGCACAAAAUUCAUUUUGGAGUAUAUCGAAAUGAAGUGGUCCUUUAUGUUGAUUGUGAGGAAACUACGGUUGAGAGGCUACAACCACGUGGCCCAAUUGAUGUCAAUGGACAAAUUUCACUUGCGAAGAUGGUUUCUGGAAGGCGAGAUACAGUACCAGUUGAUUUGCAAUGGAUGGUUUUGAACUGUGAUCCAUCACGCCCUGAACGAGAAACCUGUGAUGAGUUACCAAGAAAAGCAACACCUCCUCCUGCUGCAUGUGAGACAAUUUGUCCGCAAGGACCUCCUGGCUUUAAUGGAACUGAUGGUUUGCCAGGACCUAUUGGACCACUGGGGCCGAUUGGUGAGCCAGGGCUUCCAGGUUUACCGGGCACCAAUGGAGAACCGGGACCUCCCGGCAGCCCUGGUCCUCCAGGAAGUCCAGGUCCCAGAGGACCAAGAGGAGAUACAGGUUCACGGGGACUUCCUGGUCCUGUAGGGCCUCCAGGCCGUCCUGGUGGCAAGGGAGAACCGGGUAGCCCAGGCAUCCCUGGUUCAAAAGGAGAGCCUGGCUCCGAUGGAACACCAGGUACUCCAGGUCUGAGGGGAUUACCUGGGCCACAGGGUCCACCUGGAAAUGUGUCAGCUGCUGGAGAGGGUGUGCCUGGCCCAGCAGGUCCACCAGGAGUUCCAGGACCUCAGGGCUCUCCAGGCCCAGAAGGUCCAGAAGGACCACAAGGAUUAAGAGGAUUUCCUGGGGAACAAGGUCCACCAGGGCCCCCUGGCAGAGAUGGCACCAGUGGUGAGAAAGGUUUAAAGGGUGACCGUGGAGAUACCGGGCCGCAGGGUUUGCGAGGGCUUCCAGGACCUGUGGGAGCACCUGGUGCACCAGGUGUACCUGGAACUUCUGUGUCAUCUGGAAGUACCAUUCCAGGACCUCCAGGUGCACCCGGCUUACCAGGAGAAUCUGGUUUACCGGGUAUUCCAGGGGAGAAAGGAGACAAGGGUGCACAAGGGGACCAAGGGGAACGUGGCCUGCCCGGUGAAAAAGGAGACAGAGGUGAACGAGGGAGGCCUGGAAUUGAUGGAGCAAGAGGAGAAACUGGUAGAGAAGGUCCCCCUGGACGAGCAGGUGAUAAAGGUGAACCUGGAUUAAUAGGCCCACCUGGUAUCCAAGGAGUUCGUGGGCUCAUUGGCUUUCCGGGCCCAGCUGGGACCCCAGGAAUACCUGGUGCCCCAGGCCCAAAAGGUGAUCCGGGUGUGCCUGGAGAACCAGGUCAGCCAGGCACUGCUGCUGCUGCAGGUGAUCCUGGGGUUGCUGGCCCUCCAGGUCCUCCUGGGCCUCCAGGAGAGGAUGGUGAGAAAGGGGAGAGAGGCAGCCCAGGAGAAUCUGGUCCAAUGGGACCACCAGGACCACAGGGUUUGCCAGGUCGUGAAGGAGCACCAGGUGAAGAAGGAGAGAAGGGGCUACCUGGAGGAAAAGGAGAAAGAGGACAAAAAGGAGCAGAAGGACCGCCAGGACCACCUGGAAAACAUGGGCUUCCAGGUAUCAUGGGGAAACCAGGAUUCAAAGGAGACAAGGGUGAUGAUGGUCUACAGGGACCAGUUGGUCCUAGGGGUUUACCAGGUGCAAUGGGUCCACAGGGAUUGCCUGGACCUCCUGGAACUCCAGGGCUUCCAGGAUUUCUAGGUCCAUCAGGCCCCCCAGGGCCUCCAGGGCCACCUGGCCCACCUGGUGAAAGUAAUUACAUUCCAAAUACAAUCUCACUCGAUGAUAACUUGGUGCGUGGUAUAGCAGGCCCAAGAGGACAGUCAGGACCUCCUGGACUGCCAGGUGAACGAGGUGCUGCUGGAGAGAGAGGGCCAGAAGGCCCACCGGGUCCCAUGGGUAUGCCUGGGAAGGAUGGCACUCCUGGCCUGCCAGGACCUCCUGGUCAGCGGGGACAGCCUGGUCUCCACGGCAUGCCUGGACCACCGGGAAGAAGUAUCUCUGAAUCUGAAAUACGAGAAAUAUGUGCUGCUGUAUUAAGAGACCAGCUCAGUGAGUUGACAGCUACCCUUGUUGGGCCCCCUGGCCCACCUGGGAGAAGUCGACCGGGUAGACCGGGUCCCCCAGGGCUACAGGGACCUCCAGGCGAUGCAGGACCACCUGGCCUGCAGGGAGAGAGAGGCUUCACUGGCCUCCCAGGUCCAGUGGGCCCAAGUGGACCACCUGGUUCCCCUGGAGAGAGAGGUGACAAAGGAGACAGAGGACCAGAGGGAGUUGGAAUAGAGGGUCCUAUGGGACCACGUGGCCUACCUGGGCCACCUGGACCAGAAGGUAUUGGACUGCCAGGAAGGGAAGGGGAAAGAGGGGAACCUGGACGACCAGGAUUACCUGGUGUACGUGGAGCACCUGGGCCACAGGGACCUCCUGGAUUCUGCGAGUACUGUAAUUACCCUGAAAGUUACCUGCAAGCAGCGAGGUCAUUCCAAAGGGCUGCUGGCAAUACUAAGGGGCCUUGAAUUUCCACUUGAUGGGUCAACCCCACCAGAAACAGUGUCUGAAGAGUAGAACUUAUUAUCACUCUACAGAGAAAUGGAUAAGUGUUCCUCAGCUAAGAUAUUGAAAACAAAAAUGUAAAGCGAACUUUUUGCUGGUAGGUUUAUUGGUUAUUGUUGACGUGUGUAAAGAGAACGGUUAUUGCAUUGGCAACGUAGACAAGAAACAAGUUAUAUUUUAAAUUUACUUGUUAUGUUAUCUUUGAUGUCUGCUUCAGAAGUUUACCAAAAUUGCACAUAUUAUUAAUGUAUGUCUGUUGUACCAGUAUGACAUGCCACUGAGCUUUCACAGAUAAAGCUGAAACGAGUAGUUCUAAAAGUGCCAUUUUCAGACAUACUGUUACAUUGAGAGUUUCAUCAUCCUUCAUGUGCCAUACAGUAUUCAGAGUGGUAAUUUCACUCUCAAGAAUUUAUGUGCUUAGUAUCUGCAAAUUUUUUAUGUGCCAAGACACAGUGAUGUGGUUGUCAAAUUACUCCAGCAACAGACAACAAAAUACUUGUCACAUGUCAGUAUCUAACUUCAAACAUGCCCGGGAGAAAAAGGAAGUAGUUCAGUUCAUACCAGCAUGCCAGAAGCAAGAAAUAUAUAACUUUCUUUCUUUCUAAUGUUUCCUUUUAAGAAAGCAAAAGCCUGACGUAUGAAUUUCUUAUGCAUAAUAAGUUUGAGCUUGAUAAUGUGUUCAGUCUGAUGUUUUUGCACACAGAAAGUGUUCUAGUAUUUUGUGGAGAGGUUAAGUGUUAGUAAUGAUCACUGCCAUAGAAACAACAAUCUGAUUUUUAUCAGCAAUUGUUGGUUCUGUAAAUGUAUUAGUCCUUUGUGUUAAGAAUUGUUUCAUAAAAAAAGUUUUAUUUAGUUAAGAGUAGCAUGACUUCAGUGAUGCUAUUAAUCAAUUAUUUUAACAGUAUUGUUCAUUUUUGCCAAUUUUAAUUUAAUGUUAACCAGGAGCAGAGGAUUGAAUGUUUCAUAUGUAAGGAAUGAAUCAUGUGAUAAUUGUAUAGUCAUCUGUACCACAGUGCUUCAUUGUGUUACAUGGAAAUUCUAAUAUUUCCAAAUUAACUGUCUCACACUCUAAUUGCCCCAUUGUGCUCUUGAACAUAGCUAUGAAGUCAUUAACAGAUGUGUGUUCCUAGCAUUAUAUUUUGUAUAAUAUUUGUUAUAAGCAGAUGUAUGAUAGAGAAAUCUCAGUGAACGUGCCAUAUUCCUUUAAUGUUAGUUACUAAAAUGUAGCCUCUGAAUAUUUCUUUGUCAUCAAGAAGACAAGCAUCCCGAACAAUUUUUAACUGCAAAAACUUGUGCUCGGUCAAGACGUGCGCAAAGCGAGUCAGCAAUAAACGGAGGCAAACAGUUCAGAGUGACAUUUUGUAUUUUUAUAAUACUUCUUUUUCUUUAUCAAUUUUCUCUUGUAUUUAUCUUUAUGUUUCAUAAAAUUUUAUUUUUAAUCGAGAAACAAAUGAUAUGUUUCUCAGGCAGAACCUGAUUCUCAAGACUUUAUUUCAGUUAAAAUAACCUGAAGUAAAUGUUGCAUAACCCAUUUAAAACAAUAUGCAGUAAAUGUUGCAUAACUUAUUUUAUAAAAGUUAUAAUAGAUAUUUGUGAUGCAGGAAUCUGCAACAAUAUAUAAAUAGAUGGUGCACUUAUUUCGGGAAAACUGUUGAAACCUCACAUAAUUUUGUAGAAAUGUAUAUAAUCAGAAUGAGUAAUACAAAAGUAAAUUAAGUUGAUUGUAAAUGUCGUAUCAUUGUAAACAUAACAAAGAAAAUGAAAAUAACAUCAAAAAUGAUGAAAAAAUUCAAUCAAACACUUGCAUGUUAUCGUUUUUUGUCACACAGUUUUGAAUAAAAUUUUCAAACAACUA